AUGCAUCUGUGCUUUACAGAUUAUUCUGACUAUGGAGAUUACUGGAGAGCAAAUUAUGAAGCAGACUAUCCAGAAGAAUACAAAUACAGCCGUGACCAACUGGUUAGAGAUGUGGAGAAGACAUUUGAGCAGAUAAAACCUCUGUACCAGCAGCUGCAUGCCUAUGUGAGGCACCAGCUGGAGCAGGUCUACGGCUCCGAGCUCAUCAGCUCCACAGGAUGCCUGCCUGCUCACUUGCUGGGUGAUAUGUGGGGUAGAUUUUGGACAAAUCUGUAUGCCUUGACUGUUCCCUAUCCAGCCAAACCCAACAUUGAUGUAACUUCUACAAUGGUUCAAAAGCAGUGGGAUGCAAUGAGAAUAUUCAAAGCCGCUGAGGCCUUCUUCACCUCCGUCGGCCUCGACGAAAUGACUGAGGGCUUCUGGAAUAACUCCAUGCUUACAGAGCCGGCAGAUGGCAGGAAGGUUGUCUGCCACCCUACAGCAUGGGAUCUGGGGAAAAACGACUACAGGAUCAAGAUGUGCACCAAAGUGACCAUGGACGACUUCUUGACCGCGCACCAUGAGAUGGGCCACAUUGAGUACGACAUGGCGUACUCUGUGCAGCCCUUCCUGCUAAGAGAUGGUGCCAAUGAGGGCUUCCAUGAAGCAGUGGGUGAAAUUAUGUCACUUUCUGCAGCCACCCCUCAGCACUUGAAAUCUCUUGACCUCCUAGAGCCAACAUUCCAAGAGGAUGAAGAAACAGAAAUCAACUUUCUGCUCAAACAAGCACUAACGAUUGUUGGAACAAUGCCUUUUACUUACAUGCUGGAGAAGUGGAGGUGGAUGGUGUUUAGUCAGGAAUGGAUGAAGUGGUGGUGGGAGAUGAAGAGAGAAAUAGUUGGCGUUGUUGAACCAGUCCUUCAUGAUGAAACCUACUGCGACCCUGCAGUGCUGUUUCAUGUGGCUAACGAUUACUCGUUUAUAAGGUAUUACACCCGGACCAUCUACCAGUUCCAGUUUCAGGAGGCACUUUGCAAAGCAGCUAACCAUACUGGCCCUCUUCACACAUGUGACAUUACCAACUCCAGUGCAGCUGGUCAGAAGCUGAGACAAUUGCUUGAAUUAGGCAGAUCCAAGCCCUGGACUCAGGCACUGGAAAGUGUAACAGGAGAGAAAUACAUGAAUGCAGCACCCUUGCUCCAGUACUUCGAACCUUUAUAUAAUUGGCUGCAAAAAAACAACUCUGGCAGAUACAUUGGUUGGAAAACAGACUGGGCUCCAUAUUCCGACAAUGCCAUCAAAGUGCGCAUCAGCCUGAAGUCAGCACUGGGAGACCAGGCGUAUGAAUGGGAUGAAAGCGAGCUCUUCCUGUUUAAGUCAUCCAUCGCCUAUGCCAUGAGAAAAUACUUCGCAGAGAUGAAGCAACAGGAAGUUAACUUCCAAACUACAGACAUUCAUGUUGGGAAACAGACAAAAAGGAUCUCCUUCUUCCUUACUGUCAGCAUGCCAGGUAAUAUCAGUGAUAUCGUGCCCAAAGCUGAAGUGGAAAAUGCCAUCAGGAUGUCUUGGGGACGAAUCAAUGAUGCUUUCAGACUGGAUGAUAACACGCUGGAGUUUGUGGGCAUACUUCCAACUUUGGCCACACCUUAUGAACCACCUGUCACCACAUGGUUAAUUGUGUUUGGGGUGGUCAUUAGCUUGGUUGUCAUUGGAGUUAUUGUCUUGAUCAUCACUGGUCAUAGAGAUCGCAAAAAGAAACAGAGAGAAAAGAGAGGUGAAGCAGGAUCAAACUGUCAAGAGGUGAACCCUUAUGCUGAAGAAGGAAAAAGCAACAUGGGUUUUGAGCCAUCUGAAGAGACACAAACAUCAUUCUAG